AUGAAUUCAGAACCUUCCAUUCGAACAAUCAGUGUUAAAUAUACAGUUGUGUUUUGUGUUAUCAUUGGCUUCUUAUUUUUAUUUUCCUAAAUACUUGAUAACUUAUUCUAUGAUUAUACUGUUAUAGAAACUGAAAUUGUCUUUAUUAAAAGAGUUGGUAUUUUUAAUCCAUUAUAAUAGAUUAAACGAAUAAUGAAAUGAUUAUUGAAUUAAAUGAAGUUACUGAAUAGUCUAAUUCAUUGGUUCUCACUUUACAAAACAACAUGUAAAGUACCAUUGAAUAGAUUUAUAAAAAAAUCAAUUAUCAAAUUAAUGAAGAAGAAGAUUUCUCUUAACAAUAAUUUAAUAAUCAAUAUCGACAAUCAUUCAAUCUCAUAUCGUAAUCACAAUUUUUAAAAUAUAAAAUGAAUAAUUCUAUAGAUUCCAUUUAUCUAUUAAAUGUUAAAAAUACUAUUAAUACUGAUCUGGCAUAAGUUGGUAUUAAUUCUCAUAAAUAAUUUAUAGAUAUUACUAUUUAUUCUGAUCUUGGAACUAACUUUUUUGAUUUAUCUCAAGCUAUAACACUUAAUAACUUUUGGAACGAAGAAUUUUCAUUAAACUUGAAAAACAAAAUUGUAAUACAAUAUAUUGAAGAAUUUCAUUAUAUACUCUUUAUCUUGUAUGACUAUAAUACUAACGAUUAUUAAAUUGCAAUAUUAAAUGAUUAUAUUUUAAAAAUCAUACAUACUUCAAAGCGCCUCAUAUCAAAUAUUGCAACCAAAAAUCACCAUAUCAUAUUUAAUUAUUAAAAUGAUAGAGAUAUUCAUUUCUAUGAUUGUAAUCAAUUUAUAUUUAUUUAAGUGUAGUUAAUUCAUAAAAAAUUACUAAAAUUCAAUAGUUCCAAAUUACCAAUGUCUUAUAUUUUUAAGUGAUGAAAUUAUUUUUCCUAAAUGAAACCACAAUCGUUGUAUUUUAUUUAGAGUAUAUCUACUAAUUUACACUUAGAAUUACUAAUGAUAAAUACAGAAUAAUUGGCAUGGCUUUAAAUGAAUUUAAGAAUGUAUUUUUAAACAUAGAUAUUACAGAAGAAAUGAUAAGCAUUGAGUAAAUCUAAUAAAUUGAAUUACUUUAUGAUUAUCAUGUAGAACAAAAUAUAUUAGUGAUAUCUUUUGGUAAAAAAUAUUUGUACUAUUUAAAAAUAAAGCCAUUUAUGUUUUCCAAAUAAUUUGAUUAAUGGAAUACUAAAAAAAUUAAAUUAAAUAUUUUUGAAUAAGAAAAGGAAAUAUUUAAGAAAAUUAUUUAUGAUCAUUAGGAUCAAAUUAUUUACAUAGUAUCAUUCAUUUCAAUUACAUUUAGUUAUCUGAAAGUGUUUAGUCAAAGUUCAAAAUGCAUUUAAUAGAUUUGAAAAACUUAGAGGAUAACUUCAACAAAAUUGAUAUGAUGAAAUUAAGAAUGCCGUAUUUCAAAUAUGGAAUCUAAGCUAUUGAUUUUCUCAUCCAAAAAAAUCAAAUAAAUAACAAUGUGAUUCUUUUUUUGCUGAGAAAUGGAGAUGUAGCAUGUAUUUAGCCAUUGUAGUAUGGAGAAGGAGUUCUAAAGAAGACAUUUAUAAUAGAAUUGUUAGAUAUCAUUUUAACACUAUCAUUUAUUGGAUUCUUUAGAUAUCUAAAACGAUUAUUACAAAAAAUAUAUUCAAAAAUUAUAUCUUGUUGUAGAAGAAUUUGA